AUGUUCUCCAGCUCUCAAUUUGACUCUUCCAACGCCUUCUCCGGCGGCGGAUUUACGUCCUCGCAACUAAAUGAAUCUUCUCCGGCACCGACUAAGAGCCGCGAUUCUCAGGGUUUAGUUCCAGUUACAGUGAAGCAGAUCAGUGAAGCUUCUCAAUCCGGUGAUGAAAAGUCCAAUUUCGCGAUCAACGGCGUGGAUCUCACUAAUGUGACUUUGGUUGGAAUUGUAUAUGAGAAAGUUGAAAGGAACACUGAUGUUAAUUUUGUUUUGGAUGAUGGAACUGGGCGUAUCAAAUGCCGAAGAUGGGUCAACGAGACUUUUGACACAAAGGAAAUGGAGGAAGUAUUGAAUGGCAUGUAUGUUCGUGUUUAUGGGAACUUGAAGAGCUUUCAAGGUGUAAAGCAGCUUGGUGCCUUCUCUGUCAGGCCUGUGACAAAUUUUGAUGAGAUCCCCUUUCACUUUAUAGAUUGCAUACAUAGCCACCUCUGUGCCAAAGUUAAGUUUGAAGGAACCCCUUCUACAUAUCCUCCAUCAAACCCGUCUAUGAACACUCCUGUCAAAAGUGCACUGAAUGGAUCUCAGGCACCAUCUAAUCUGGGAUAUACACAAUAUAGCACUGAUGCACUCAAGGACUGUGAUAAAUUAGUGAUUGACUAUCUGCAGCAGCAUUCAAGCAUGUUAGAUGAAAGGGGAAUACAUGUUGAAGAACUAGCAAGAGAGCUCAAGCUUCCAUUGGAUAGGAUCAAGUUGUCUGUAAAAGCUCUUGAAGAUGAUGGUCUGGUAUACUCCACUAUAGAUGACUCCCACUACAAACAAGCUUGA